AGCGGGUGCGGUUAUGAUGGCGAGCACGGCCGCAGACGCCGAGACAUCCUUUGCUUCCCCUUUUGCUGUUGUUUGUGUUGAGCCUCACAAGGGAACAGUUUGCGAACGAGCCGUCAACGAUGGCUCUGUGGAGGUCUUUCGUCGGCGUCUUGUUGCCCGUUGCGCCGCCAUUCCUCCUGCAGUGCGUCAUGUGCGCAUGGGCACUGCUGCAGCGCCGAGGCGUGCUGCUGGUAGAAUUGACACAGCCUCGCGUGUGGACGCAGCGGGGAUAUCCUCUUCUACGCAUUCAUGCGCCCUCGGUGGAGAUGUUUCCCCGCCACUUCAUCUCGCAGCUCCCACUCCCGCCGUCUCAUUGAACGCAUCGAUGGCAACUGUCUGUAGUGACCCCUCCAUUACCGUUGCGGAAGGCAAGAGACUCCUGUUGGCGUACCGUGCAAUGUUGGCUGCUGCCUCGGCGGAGCGUGAUGAGGCUCGUAUGCUUCGUGAGAAGCUUCGGCUGUAUUCUACCCAGGGGCGAAACUGCGUGGGAGUGGAGACACGAAUUGCGCAGGCAGAGGCGCAGCUACGGCAGCGUCUUCUUGUGCUUCAACAACUUGAUUUGGAUCGUCAAGCCCUGCGGGCGCAGGUGGUGCGGAUGGCAAAGCAGCUGGAGGUGAUACUGCGGCCCUCCGACCGCUUUACGGGGCCUCUGAUGGAAGGAGAAAGAUAG